AGCAACAACCACACUUUACUAUUGUUCAGAGCCUUUAGACUUCUGAAAAGCAUAUCAAAAUGCCUCGCCCUUUUCCUCUGUUCUAUUGGGAUUGAUUGGCUAAUCACGAACACCAAUUUCUUCUCUUACUUUAUAGGCCCUCUUGACCUAUGUCCAUACCUUAGAAAAUCAGCUCUCAGUCCAGAAGCCUUCUAAGAAUACUCAGGAAGAUGCAUCAAUUUAUGUCAUGUACAUGUGAACUAUGAAGUUGACAAUUCUGAGUUAGUCCUGCAUUCUGAGUGCAUUCCUUGGAGAACCAAAAGGAAGAAGCGUGGUUUUUUUCGUAUUCUUUAUUGAAGAUUAUCACUGACAGCAGCUAUGAACAGGUUCAGUUGCUUUGAUUCUUCAGUUUCUUGGCAUGUUUUUCUGACCAUCCACUGAGGAAACUUAUUGACUGGAUCAUGCUUUGGUGAAAGUAGAGAACAAUACAAGGGAAAAUGUGGGCUACAGCAAUGAGUUCCAGGCAAUGCUAGAUGGUUUAGAUGAUGAAGACAGCAUAGAAGAAUACAACUGCAGCAAUGGGAAGAAAAAGAGAUUAAGAAUUGAUCAAGUCCAAGCACUCGAGAGGAUUUUUGAGGUUGAUAACAAGCUUGACCCUGAGCGAAAAAUAAAAUUAGCCCAAGAAUUAGGCCUCCAACCACGACAAGUUGCAAUCUGGUUCCAAAACCGCCGCGCCCGAUGGAAGACUAAGCAACUGGAGAGGGAUUAUCACCUUCUUAAGGCCAAUUAUGAAGCCCUUCAACUCAAUUAUAGUAAAGUUGAACAAGAGAAAGAAAGUUUAGUUGCCGAGUUAAGGGGCCUAAGGGAAAAAUUGGGAGAGGAUAAUACAGAAACCAAUCAUUCAAUUGAAAAGGUGGCAACUUUACAGAGUUCCCCAAAAAUGGCCUCAGAAAAGUGUAAUGAUUCUAGUGAAUUCGGGCCAACACAUGCAAAUCAUGAAGUCUACACAAACUUGCACUUGUCAUCUGAGACUAAAAGGAUUCUUGAUUUGAAAGAUGGCUUAUCAGACAGUGACUCAAGUGGAGUCUUGAAUGAAGAUAGCAACAAUCUGAAUGUGCAGCCACUGGUAUCAAAAUUAAGUUCAUGCAACCCUACAUUCAAUGGAUUGGAUCAGUAUGCUUUCUCUCUAUCUGCCCCAGUUUACCAUCCUCAUUUGUUGGAUUCAAGGGUGAAGGAUUACCAGCAGCAAUUUAUGAAAAUGCAAGACCAAAAUCAUUCAAGUUAUGCCGAUGACUCGUGCAACAUCUUUUCAGUUGAUCAAGCACCACCCCUUUAUUGGUACUUCUCUGAUCCAAGAAACCAAUGAUCUUGAUUACCAUCCACCUAAAAGUUUGAACUAUUAAGAAGCCAAGGAAAGAAUUUUGUAGUGUAAAAGCUUACCUGUCUUUUGCAUCAUCAAUGUAAUAGUAUAUAUACUGUAUUCUACACGAAAGAAUUUUUAUUUCUGAACUAGAUGAAGUUUCUUGAGGAAAUUUAUGGUAUAAAUUUGGCGGAAAUGUCAAGUAUCUCCUACUAA